UUAAAAAAAAACAGCCUAAAAACUGUGUAGCUUUUUUAACCUGCUAAAGAUGUAGUAAUUUUUCCCCUUUUUUUUUCUUAGAUGUAUCGUGUUGUUUUCAUUGUUAUUGUUCACCCUUUCUUAAAGGAAUAUGGCAUUCUCUGCUGGGGGUGGCAUUGCUGUUAAGGCGAAGAAUCAGAGCGAUACUGAAUAUGAUGUUUAAUAACAAAGUGUACAGCAUUGCAAAAAUUACUUGGCUGUGCUUAAUUAUUUUUGUAUUAUACCUCAUAUCAACCACCAGCAUGGGUUUUUCUUUCUCAAGAAGAGAAAAAAGCCCUGUGACUGUAGUAGGAAUAUUUAUUAUGCAGGCAGAGUUUAUUAAAUCAGUCAUAAAAGAAAUGAACGAAACAUCUUUAAACAGUUCAGAAGAUGAAUGUGUAAUUCCUGAUUUGCUUGGGGUUAAAAUUAGUUUUGUAGCAACGAGUAACAGCUUUGCUUUAUUAUCUGUUGGUCUUUGGAAUAAGAGGCAGAACCAUUGGAAUAAAACCAUUUUAAAGCAGAAUUCAUAAAAACAAUAUUAGUUUGGCUGAACCAACAGGCACCUAUUGCCAGAAGGGGAAAAAAAAAAAAAAGUUGGCUAGGUAAAGAAAUUGACUUGUUUGCUGAGAAUUUAGCUGGUUGACCAUUCUGAGAUACCCAAACUCACAGGAAUGGAAUCAAAAUACCUAUAAAACUCAAGGUGAAGGUGGAAGCAGGUUAUAGUAGUGUGAGGAUGAGCUGGUGGAUGCCUUUGAUCCUGGCUGUUGUUAUUUGAUGAAUGAUGUGAGCUCAGUUGCAUAAAGGACCCUGUUACAGGCUUUCAUGCUCUCUUGUAGGACUGACAGGUCUUAGCCAAUGCAAGCCUUUCUUUGACUUCCCCAAUUACAAGUUUUUGAUUGGGCAGCAGAAGUUUAGAAAGAAAUAACUUUUUUUUUCUUUCUUUUUGAAGCCAUUUUUUACUUUCAGCCUUUAAUGUGUCUGUCUCAAAAUGCUUUCAGACUGUCAUACCACUGAGAAUUUUGGUACUGAAAAUGCUACACACUAGAGAGGGAAAGCUGACAUGGUUUUCUUUUCUAUUGAGUUGAAGUGAGGUAGGUGAGGAGACUAAGAAUCCAAACUCAUAUAUUAAUUUAGUAUUCCCCAAUAUUUUUAUGAAUAUAUUGCCAUUCUUGAUUCUUCAGGUCUCAUGCACUGUCUUCUGCUCACCUAGUUUCUCCAAUUCUGCAUGGUUUAGAGAGAAAUUUCUGUAACUUCUCAAAUGCAAACUUUGUGACCUCUCUAGUCAUAUAGUCACCUACCUAGGCAUCUGCAGAAUUCAUUUUUCUGUGGUGAUUGCUCUUCAUUUCUUUCUAGAUGUCUAUUAUGUCUUUAUCUGACAGUCCUCAUGAAACAGUAAAUGGUUUUUUGCUGCAAUUUCCAAAAUAGUUUAGGCUAUGUAACAUGAUGAAUUUUCUACAAAACCACUCAUCGACCAUUUAGGUGAGAGUUUGGAGAUUUUUCUCUUUGCUGGCAGCAAAUUCACAGUCUGAUGGUGAUUUAAAAUUCGUACUGUGGGCGACCCUAACACUGGGAUUUGGCCAAGUUCAAAGCAGCUAUGCAGAUGGACACACAAGAGAGAAGGCAGAGGGAAAUAGAUCCUUUUAAUCAUAACAAGGCUGCUCUUGUUUUCUUAUCUACAGUGGAAAUGCAUGCAAGUCCUUGUACCUAAAAGCAAGCUUGCAAAUGUGCCAGAAUAGACAGCAAGAUGUUAUUGUUAUUAAUGUUAUUAUUUGUUACUAAUGCAAAGUUAAAAAUGGGACAGUCUUCUCAGGACUGCUGUGUAUGUCUCCAUUUCUAGAGUGACACUGUACUGCUGCCAAAAGUGCACAUCCCAUCCCUCUUGGUGGGAUAAAGAUUCCCCCCCAAAACUCACACCCUUUGAAAGUGUGGCUUUCUAAAUGAUUGCUGAAACCAGCUAUGACUUGUCCUUUUGAAAUGGCUGUAAUGACUUAUAAAUCAAUUUCUUGUUAGAAAGAACUUUUUUUUUCCCUUUUUCCCGAAGGUGCCAUUGUUGCCCAUGAAAAAUGAUUGGGUUUGCAACGUAAGGUCGGAGCACAUUUUAUUCUGCCAUUUGUGCUGCAUGCAGGGGCAUUACAGUGAUGCACACCCCAAACUCGCUUCUGCCUCUCUUCAGUAGGAGCAUCCUUUCUUGGUGAAACUGGCCACAUCCAAAUUACAGACAAAAUAGGUUGUCAGCUGCUGGAUGCUGGGGGGUGUCACAUAGGAGCCAUUUGCCCACAAAUUGGAACAGUCCAACCCUUAUCCUGCUAGUGUGCAAACGGCGUGGAAACCUUGUUCUGUCCUCGAAGCUGUGUUGUCCAUCACCAUAUGGGAUAAGGCAAACUUGAACUGCCCUGACUGAGGCUUCCUGUGUGUACAGAGCACAUCACUGAUUCUCUUGACUGACUUAUCAUGGCUGGCCACCUUUCUUGAAACUGUGGACAGAGCUGGGUAACAGCUAGGAUUUCUUCCGAUGCAUUUUUUCAUCCCCCAAGUAUCUCUGAAACCAACAAGACUGGGGUUAUGAAGUCCAUUCUAGAUGGCCUCGCAGACACAACUUUCCGAACAAUCACGACAGAUCUCCUUUACGUGGGCUCCAACGAUAUCCAGUACGAAGACAUGAAAGGCGACAUGGCAUCCAAGCUGGGGUACUACCCCCAGAAGUUCCCUCUUUCUUCCUUCAGGGGUGAUCCUUUCCAAGAAAAAAUGACUGGAGGAGAUGAUUCCCUGUUGAGCAUUAUUCCCUCAGAGCAGGUCAACAUCACAGAAUUUUACAACAAGUCCCUGUCCACUUUUAAGGAUAAUGAGGAGAAUAUACAGUGCGGGGAGAACUUUAUGGAUAUGGAGUGUUUUAUGAUCCUGAACCCCAGCCAGCAGCUGGCCAUCGCCGUGCUGUCGCUCACCCUGGGCACCUUCACAGUCCUAGAGAACCUCCUCGUCCUGUGUGUCAUCCUCCACUCCCGAAGCCUCCGGUGUAGACCCUCCUACCAUUUCAUCGGCAGCCUGGCUGUGGCCGACCUCCUGGGCAGCGUGAUUUUUGUCUACAGUUUUGUGGAUUUCCAUGUUUUCCACCGUAAGGAUAGCCCCAAUGUCUUCUUGUUCAAACUGGGUGGAGUUACAGCCUCCUUCACUGCCUCUGUAGGUAGCCUUUUCCUCACGGCAAUAGACCGGUACAUCUCUAUACACAGGCCGCUAGCUUAUAAAAGGAUUGUUACCCGACCAAAGGCUGUCGUAGCAUUUUGUGUGAUGUGGACCAUCGCUAUUGUAAUAGCCGUUCUUCCUCUGCUCGGCUGGAACUGCAAAAAGCUCAAUUCCGUUUGUUCGGACAUAUUCCCUCUCAUCGACGAGACGUACCUGAUGUUCUGGAUCGGAGUCACCAGCGUCCUCUUGUUGUUCAUUGUCUAUGCCUACAUGUACAUUCUGUGGAAGGCUCACAGCCACGCAGUUCGCAUGUUGCAGCGAGGCACGCAGAAAAGCAUAAUCAUUCAGUCGACGGAGGAUGGUAAGGUACAGAUCACUAGGCCUGAUCAAACUCGUAUGGACAUCAGGUUGGCCAAGACCUUGGUCCUUAUCCUAGUUGUUUUAAUCAUAUGCUGGGGCCCUCUCCUCGCCAUCAUGGUGUACGAUGUAUUUGGGAAAAUGAACAAGCUCAUCAAGACUAUCUUUGCCUUCUGUAGCAUGCUCUGUUUGCUGAAUUCAACAGUGAAUCCCAUCAUCUACGCUCUGAGGAGCAAGGACUUGCGACACGCCUUCCGCAGCAUGUUCCCCACCUGCGAAGGGACUGCGCAGCCCCUGGAUAACAGCAUGGAGUCUGACUGCCAGCACAAACACGCCAACAACGCGGGGAACGUGCACAGGGCUGCCGAGAGCUGCAUUAAGAGCACAGUUAAGAUUGCCAAAGUUACCAUGUCUGUCUCCACAGACACAACUGCUGAAGCGUUGUAAGUCAGAGACUUCUCAGUGUUGUGAGAAAAGGAGUUUAAAAAAAAAUAAAAAUUUAAAUAAUCAACAACAGAGAAAACCAAACCCAUGGCUUAACGUGUUUGUACCCUCCUGUAAUAUUUUUUGGUUUGUCAUUGUAAGCUGAGCGAUGAUUGUGUUAAGAGCAUUGCCAUCAGCCAGUUCUUCAGGUUUUACAAUUAGGGAUUCUAGCUAAAUUUUCACAAGUUUUUCUAAAAAAGUGUUUACUGAAUAAUAAUGUUUCCUGAAAGAGCACAGAGGAAAUACCAGAUUAGCAAUCGUUCCUUUGGGGGUGUGAAGAAGAAUUGUGAAACCUAAUCGAAAAAUAACACAUCCUAAACCAAUUCCAUCAAAUAAGAAAAAAAAGCCUUGUAAUCAUGCUGUUCAUUUCAAUGUGAAAUGUAUUUCAUGUCUGUAAGUAAUAGGAGUUUCUGAUUUUUUCCAAAAGCAGCAGUGCUGAGUUUAGAGGUUUUGUAAAACGUGUCGUGUCCCGUGAAUUGUGUGCUGUUUUAUUAUGUGUUAUUGAUAUUUGUCUGAUUAAACAAAGUGAUAAGGUAGAAUUCCGUGGAAAUAACGUGAAACGUGAUAUGUAAACCCCAUUGAAAACACUUACUGUAUUUGAAGAAUUCCUAUGAGAUAUUUUGGAAAUUUUACACUUUAGUGGUCUUCUGUGGACUUAGAGGAGAGGCUUUGUGUUCUUCUACUAAAAUUAUUUCCCUACAACCUUUUACUUUCACAUGCAUAUGAGACUAACAGCAACAGAGGAAUAGAGGAGGAAUGUGAGAAAGGAAUGCACUGGUUCAGACUUUUAAAUACCACUGCAUUUAUACAGAAGGAUUAUUUCUGUUUGCACAGACUACUGCCCUGCUCUUGGGGGUUGCGUGCAUAUGAACACUGAAGAGCAAAGGUCCUGGAUAUUGGCUUCUUUAAUGGGCAUCUUGUUUUAAGCCAUGUGCUGGUGUUGGACCACUGAAGACAGCAUCUGUCAGACUCAAUGUGCGAUGUUAUCACUGUGCAGUCGAUGUAUACUUGAAGUGUGUCACAUUCCUGUAUCCCAGGUCUAAGCAGAUUCAGAGCCUGAGAUGCCAAACUCUCAUCCUCACUAAAAGAGGAGGAAAUAUUGUCAGACUUAGACAUUUUCUUAUUUUGUGAGCGUGUAUAUAAAUAAAUAUCUCUGUGUGUGUACGUGUGUGUGCGUGUGUGUGUGUAAGUAUACUAACCAGUGUGAGUCAUGGUAGCAUAGCUAAGAUAGGACACUAUGACCAAAUGUAACUGUAUUUCUUGUUGCACGCUUUGCACACGAGUUCUGUUUCUAAAAUUGAGUUCUUCCAAUUGAUUACUGGUGAAGGUACCGUAUAAAAACAUCUCGAUCCACACUGAGAUGUGUAUCCAUGUGCUAGAGGAAGCAACCUUUCAGUUGCACGUGAGAAUAAAGGAAAACGAGAGGCAGACAGCAUGGGAUGAGCCCGCACUGACAAAUGCUGCGGCUGUUGAUGGAGUUUCUGAAGACUGAGAAAGCCAGGAGUAAAUGGUGGUUUGUUUUAAGGCUGUGAGUAUUCAAAGCUGAUAGCUUUCAAUGAGGUGCAUCUGUCUGAAACCACUGAAAGGUUUGACACUACCAGGAAGAAAUUACUGAAGGAAAAUAGUGAUUUUCAUCUGUGGUGGGACAGUUUCUGCAGCCUGGGACAUCACAAGGACCAUGCUGCCAGAUAGUCUUUGAGGCAUGGAUAUUCUGUGAUUCUGUUCUGAGGCAUAAGGUCUGGGAUCCUUUCCUCUGCUGCCUUGCUUUUUCAGACCGUUUCCUCACCCUUCUGGCUGAUUUCUGCCAAAAAAGCUGAAAAUGCAGCUUAGUCCUUUAGCUGCCUGGCACUGGCUGCAACAGGGGUGGCUUUCUCCAUGGCACAGGGAGAGUGGAGCCAAAUCCAUACUGCCCUGCUACCCAUCCUUGUAUUCAGGCAGGGAGAGAGAGGGGGCAGCAGCCCUGGGUCUCUGGCUCCCUCAGUGCAGGCCAGAGCAGUGGGAUUGAAUGAACAGCAGCCCUUUCAGCCAGUGGCUCUGUGGGGGUGCAAAUGGCUCCAGAUUUAGGCUUGGUCAGGGCUGGCAUGUUUUAAAGAUAAGAUUGGACCAGGUGAUGUGCUGGGCAACAGCUGGAAGUGACAGGGGUACUUUCCUCCUCCACCCAGCUCCCCUGUAUCGCACACUCUACCUGUGUGACGGGACAGGGCACCACGCUCUCAAGAGGCCCACUGCUGUCAGCCAAAACCAGUGGAUUGCAGAGAAUUCCCAGAGGAUGUCAAGUCCUCCUGAAAGACCUUUCUUAUGUCUAGGUCUAGUCCAUCCUAAGGCAGUCCUCUUGGAGGAGUGGGGGAAAGCCCAUUUGAAAUGUUAAGGGUAUUUUAAGAGCCAUUUUUGAAACUGUCUUCUUGUGAAUUAAAUGCAAACUUUGUGGAAUUUUGUUGUGCAUUCAAGUUCUAAAUUUUACGAUAAAUCAUGGGACAAUGGGGCUGUCUUGGCACUUAACUUGGUGCUUACUGAUAUAAUAAGAAAUAGCAUCCUGUGAAAUGUUAUCGUCUAUCAUCAGUAUCCUCAUUUGCAUAAUGAGUUUUUCUAAAGCUCUGGGAACUGCAUCGGUUCACUUAGAACCAUUUAUUAAAGAGUUGGCAACAAUUUCCUUACAUGUUGCACACUAAGUAGAGCUAUUCUUUCAUUAGAAAAAUCUGCUGCCGUUCCGAGAUAAGCUGUGCUUAUACUUCAGCUUCAGUUUUUCCUAAUUUGCAGUUGGCUACCUUCACUUAGUGAUAGCACAGCCAAACGAUACUGUGUUCCACAGCCACCCACACCAUCAUCAUCAUCACCACCAUCACCAUCCACCCACCACCGCUAGUUGCAGUUACGUGUGUGUGUACCAACUCCAAGUGUCACGUAUCUACUGAGACGACAAUCUAUGUCACACCUGUGCAGAGUUGGAUUCUCGACAGUCUAACUGUACAUUUGUAUGAUACCAUCUCCUCAGUGCUGUGCAAUCACUAUCCACAUCUUGCACUGGCCUUUCAAUGAAAAUUUUAAUGUGUCUAUUGUGAGAUAGACAGCGCGUUCUACCUGCUGUUUUUGGGCUGAAUGUAUGUAAAUAAGUGAAAAAUUAAAAGUCAUCUGUACAAGCAGUGGCCUAAAAAGUCUGUAAUUGUGGAUAAGGAAAAUUGUUGAAGUUGCUGUGACAUCUCAAAUACUACCUUUGAAUAAGCUGUUUACAGGGUCUCUUGGGAUGCUGUUUCACAGUGAAAAGAAAAUUUUUCCUUGUGAUAAUAUGAGGUAAAGAAAUCGGAUUACCUGAGAAUUUUAUUUCCAGUGUUUCAAAGUGGAGAACAUAACUCUUUAUUGUCUGUAAAUCUAACAUUAUUACUUCCUCUUAGAAGAAUAUUGUAUCAUUAGAUGUUUGUUUGAGCUGGUAACAUUCUUGCAACUGUUGCAAUAUUUUUCAUUAGCAACCUGUAUAAUAGUUUGUACACAAGUACUGUUCAGAUUGUCAUGAAAAGUAGCUUUGACCAUUUACUUACCAGUAGCAGAAUAGUAUUUCUGUAAGAUUUCCAGUGUAUUCCUACCAUAUCAUAUUUUAUUUCUAUAAUGUAAUUAAACUGUUAUUUAUUCAAGGAGAAAAAGUAUUCCUCUGCUUUUUUGUUUUCCAAAUUUUGAGAUAACUGAGGACGCCACGUGAUGAUGUUGCCUCAUCCCACGAUCUGGUGCUCUACGUUUUGUUUAUAAGUUUGUCUGUCAGAUUCUGAAACAACUGCUUAAACUACUUGACAACAGGUUGUCAAGCUUUGUGGAUUUUAAUUGUACGUUGAUAUGUUUGAAGGAGGAGGUAGAUCAUAUAUUUUAUAUUUGUGUAUCCAGUACUAUGGAGACGAGAGAAAUGACAGUUAAAACUGCAUCUCCUGUUUCAUUAUGUAGGCAAUUUCCCCUUUCUUCCGUAUUAGCUAAAAUGCAAUAAAUUCCUUUUGCCUUCCUCACAUGAACGUUAGCUGAAAGAUGUCACAUUAAGACAAACCCAUAUACUUCAGAAAAACAAAACACAAAAGAACAAAAGAAAGGAAUUCAAA